CCAUGUUCCUUGGAAUCUAUCCUCUUCUAUUAAUACUACGUAACGACUACUCUCAAUUCAACAGGCCCUACUCUAUUCUGUUUUCUCUUAAAGAAUCAUUAGUGAAAGAAUUGUAACUCUUUGAGUUUGUCUUACAUUUUCAACUCCUAAAUGGCUGACUUGGAUCACACUUCAGAUGAGUCUUCCGUGGAUUCUAGAGGGGAAAGUAAUAGUCAAGAUUCCAAGCUUGAAUUCUCAGAAGAUGAGGAAACCCUUAUCACUAGGAUGUUUAACCUGGUUGGUGAAAGGUGGACUCUAAUUGCUGGGAGAAUUCCUGGAAGAACAGCAGAGGAAAUUGAGAAGUACUGGACUUCAAGAUACUCGACAAGCGAAUGAAAGGCCAAAAUAUGGGGGGUGUUUCUCCAUUAGAGCAGGAAAAUUUUGGGGGCUUUUAGUAAAGUUUGGUUGUGUGGAAUAUUUCAAAUUCCUUUGCCUAAAAAGGGAAACCGUAUUAUGGGUUUUUUAACCCUUAACUGAAUGGGGCAUGUUGCUAAAGCAACUAUAUGUACAAUGGGUUCUUAUUGGUAUGGUGAUGAAUGUGUGGAAUUCCAAUAUAAUUUUCUAUCAUUUGAACGUUAUGAGCUAAA